UCUGCUGUCCCCACACCCCGGGUGAGGUCAGGCAGAGGAGCUGCCGCUGCAGCGCAGCACUUCAGCUCGUAUUUCGGGGAAGCCUGGAACGGGGACUUUUGAAAAUAACUGGGACGGUGUUCGGGUUAGGGUCCGUGCUCUCCCACUGAGUGAGCGCCGGGUGAACUAACCAGGGAGAACAGUGGGUGCGGAGGUGCGGGGGGCCGGUGCCUCACAGCUGGAGGGAGCUCCGGCUUCUCCGCAAGACUCGCUCUUUGGCCCUUGGAGCGCGGCAGCUGGUGGACAGGCGGCGGGACGCUGGGACGCGGCAAACAAGAUUUUUGAACCCACCUCUACCAUCAAGAUAUAGAACUGUUCCAUCACCACAAAAAUAAUCUAGAGAACUCAAGGUUGUUUUGCUGUUUCUUGUACAACAUUGUUCUUUGGAAUUCCACUUUACCCAUGGUCCUUACCCAAUUUGUAGAGAUAAUGGAUCAUCUGCAUCUAGGGGAAUCAGUUGCUGCAGUGCUCCGUAACAGGAGACGGAGGCAAUUGUCUUUAAAACAAGCCGAUUUCAAGGACAUAUUCAAAAAAUCAACUUCAGGAUCUCUUGUGGAAGAGGAAGACCAACACAUGAAAUUGUCCCUUGGAAGCAGCGAAAUGGGCCUCUCAUCCCAUUUGCAGUCUUCCAAAGCAGGAGCCACUCGUAUCUUUACCAGCAAUACCCACAGUUCUGUGGUGUUACAGGGCUUCGAUCAGCUUCGUCUUGAAGGCUUGCUUUGUGAUGUAACCCUGAUGCCAGGUGACACAGAUGAUGCCUUCCCUGUGCAUAGAGUCAUGAUGGCCUCUGCUAGUGAUUACUUCAAGGCCAUGUUCACAGGUGGAAUGAAAGAACAAGAUUUAAUGUGCAUUAAGCUUCAUGGCGUGAGCAAAGUCGGUUUAAGGAAAAUUAUUGAUUUCAUUUAUACUGCAAAGCUUUCUCUUAAUAUGGACAACCUUCAAGACACACUGGAAGCUGCCAGUUUUCUACAGAUUCUACCAGUUUUGGAUUUCUGCAAAGUAUUUCUCAUAUCAGGGGUUACUUUAGACAAUUGUGUUGAAGUGGGGCGAAUUGCCAACACCUACAAUCUGACAGAAGUGGAUAAAUACGUGAACAGUUUUGUCUUGAAGAAUUUUCCUGCAUUGUUGAGCACUGGAGAGUUCCUGAAACUCCCUUUUGAGAGGCUUGCCUUCGUGCUUUCCAGUAAUAGCCUUAAGCACUGCACUGAACUUGAGCUUUUUAAGGCUACCUGUCGCUGGCUACGCCUGGAAGAGCCUCGGAUGGACUUUGCUGCAAAAUUAAUGAAGAACAUCCGAUUUCCGCUGAUGACACCACAAGAGCUCAUUAAUUACGUGCAAACCGUGGAUUUCAUGAGAACUGACAAUACUUGUGUGAAUCUUCUUUUGGAAGCCAGCAAUUACCAAAUGAUGCCAUAUAUGCAGCCAGUUAUGCAGUCAGACAGGACUGCCAUUCGAUCUGACACCACUCACUUGGUUACACUAGGAGGAGUGCUGAGGCAGCAGCUGGUAGUCAGUAAGGAAUUACGUAUGUAUGAUGAAAAGGCCCAUGAAUGGAAAUCGUUAGCCCCCAUGGAUGCCCCAAGGUACCAGCAUGGCAUUGCCGUCAUCGGAAACUUCCUCUAUGUCGUUGGUGGACAGAGUAAUUAUGACACAAAAGGAAAAACUGCUGUUGAUACAGUCUUCAGAUUUGAUCCUCGAUACAAUAAAUGGAUGCAAGUUGCAUCUUUAAAUGAAAAGCGCACCUUCUUCCACCUAAGUGCCCUCAAAGGAUAUCUGUAUGCUGUUGGUGGACGAAAUGCAGCUGGUGAACUGCCUACAGUAGAAUGUUACAAUCCAAGAACAAAUGAAUGGACCUAUGUUGCCAAAAUGAGCGAACCCCACUAUGGUCAUGCUGGAACUGUGUACGGAGGAGUAAUGUAUAUUUCAGGAGGAAUUACUCAUGAUACUUUCCAAAAGGAGCUCAUGUGCUUUGACCCUGACACUGACAAAUGGAUCCAGAAGGCACCAAUGACCACUGUCAGAGGUCUGCAUUGCAUGUGUACAGUGGGAGAAAGGCUCUAUGUCAUUGGUGGCAAUCACUUCAGAGGAACAAGUGAUUAUGAUGAUGUCCUGAGCUGUGAAUACUACUCACCUAUUCUUGACCAGUGGACCCCAAUUGCUGCCAUGUUAAGAGGGCAGAGUGAUGUUGGGGUUGCUGUCUUUGAAAAUAAAAUCUAUGUGGUUGGUGGGUAUUCCUGGAAUAAUCGUUGUAUGGUAGAGAUAGUGCAGAAAUAUGAUCCAGAUAAAGAUGAAUGGCAUAAGGUUUUUGAUCUCCCAGAGUCCCUUGGUGGCAUCCGAGCAUGUACACUCACGGUUUUUCCACCUGAAGAAACCACACCAUCACCUUCUAGAGAGUCCCCUCUUUCUGCACCUUAAGAUCACCCCUACAACUAAGAUGCUGUAGUCUUAUCUUUGCAAUGUGUCAUUGAUUCUCUUCUUUUGCUUCCCCCCUUAAGUAGUAUAUGUUAGGAUUAGCCUCCAGUAAUUGAUACAGAUAUAGGGGAAAAAAAGACUACAUUGAUAUUACUUGUGCUGUUUUUCUGGCUUAGAGUGUUUAUAAAGUGGUAACAAAACCAUUCUGGAAAUGUAUCCCAUAAAAGCUGACAUUUAACAUACAAAAAAACAACAACGACCAAGUUACUGUCUUUAAAAUGUUUCUUCAGUACCUUUUUGAUACUGUGUACUGGCUAUGAGGUAUUUGUCAUCUUGCAUUAGAAAGCCCAAUAAACUAAGUUGAAGCUGGAUUAUAGUAAAUGUACAAUUGUGGUAACUAGGCUUCAAAGUAAAAAAGUUUUCCUUUCAUCUUGACUGUAAGGUGUCAAAGGGAGGCAGCCUGCUCCAGCAGAAAACAAUAGAUAAAAGGUUGCCAACUCGCAUGAGCUACCUCCCUUUUUUCAUAAAGUAUUUUUGACAUAUCUGUCAACCCACCUGUCUCUGGGUACACUGAGAACAUAUAAAGUUUCUUAGACACACAGGAGAAAGAAUAACUAAAAUUCACCAAUAGUAAUUUUUAAAAAGCAGCAUGACCCCUCCACUUGUAAACAAGGGUUGGGAGUUUUAAAAGUGUAUAAAUACAUACGCACAUAGAAAUAUUAAAUAUAAAACUUUAAAAAUUGAGUGGCAUGUCAAACAAAUGUAAAACAAUUAAAAAUUCUUCCAAAAAGCAGCUUCCAUUAAAAUGGAAUUCAGUAUGUAUAUGCUGAAUGCACAUAUGUAGAAUCAUGCUGAAUUAUAUGGAUAAGGGCUGGAAAUUUUGAGCAACUAAAUAUAUCACUUGACCAAAUUUUACCUUCCAAAACUGUAAACUACACCUUCUCCUUUGCUGUUGAGGUAACUUCCAUAUUGUAUGUAUUCUGUACACUCUCAGUUCAUAUGGUUAUUUAGCACAAAGUAUAGCAGCUUCACCUGGUAAGCUGCUUUCACUCAGUGAAUUUAACUUCCAUGUUUUAUCUUUUUGUUCAAUAAAAAACAUUUAAUGUUA